UAUUUCCUCGCGAAAAGUUCCAUGAGAUGUCGUCAGCGCGUAUGAUUUAUUUAUAAAAUCGCUGAACGGUCCUAUGACCGCCGUGUCGCACUUUGAACUGAUUCGAGUACCGUACGCUCGCGAGAGAACUCAGAUUGCCGGCAGAGUUUCCACUUCGCUUUGCAUCCUCGCGAAAGAGUACGUAGAGGUAAAAGCACUAUUAAUAGCACUCAACACUGAAUAAAGUCACCGCGAGUAAUCUGCAACGCAAAGUCCAACGUAACAACGUCCGCCGACAACGAAGGAACAUAAAUUGUGAUCGUCGCUGAAGAUACGUUCGAUCUCCACGUACUCGCAAGAGAAAAAAAGGAGUGGUGUAACUUUUCCAUUGAGAGGCGGUGUUUUUGUGCUCGUAUUCGGCAUUACUGUCAUUUUGUUGGACUCUCUUAUCAUACUAGAUAUUUCUAUACCAAGACGUAAUAAGAAGAUACAAAGAUGAGUUUGCAGUGGACACUGAUUGCUGGUUUCCUUUAUACAGAAAUUAUAAUAGUUCUUAUGCUAGUAUUACCAGUAGCUUCUCCAACAAGAUGGCAGAGGCUCUUCAAGUCUAGGUUCUUGCAAAGCUUAAGCAGUCGGGCUUCCUUUUAUUUUGUAAUCUUGCUUGGUGUUUUGGUACUCUUCCUGUUGGAUGCUAUACGAGAGAUGAGAAAAUAUUCUGCGAGUUUGAAUCAUUCUGAUCAUCAUCAUCAGUUGAAUCUUGAGAUGCAAGAAAACAUGCGAUUAUUCCGUGCACAGAGAAAUUUCUAUAUUUCUGGUUUUGCAUUGUUUCUCAGUUUGGUGAUACGUCGUCUUGUCCUUUUGAUAUCUAUUCAGGCUAGCUUACUUGCACAAAAUGAAGCAGCCAUGCGACAAGCUCAAUCUGCGACCACCACAGCUCGAAGUUUAUUAUCCCAGAGGACGAUUGGGGAAAGUGCACAGAAUGACUCUAAUGAAGCACAUGACAAAGCUGUUUCAGAAUUGAAGAACCAGAUUAAGGAGUUGCAAGCUAAGAAUCUUGAGCUUGAAAAUGAUUUAAUUAAAGAAAGGAAGGAUAAAGAAGCAAUGAAGUCGCAGGCGGACUCACUCGCGAAAGAAUACGACCGUUUGAACAAUGAGCAUGCGAAAAUCGCGCAAUCGAGCGGCGAUAAAAAGAGCGAUUGAAUAUUUUUUCUUGGUUCAUUUUUUGAUUUUAAUUGUUUUGCCCAUAAAUCCUAAUUAAGGUUUCAUUAUGUUAUAUUGAGUUUGGUGUUCCAUAAUUUUAAUACAUACUUCGAGAGGUAUCAUUAAAAUAAUUUUUACUAAAGAGAGGGAGGGUUGUAUAUAAGUACUAUUAUUGCUAAUAUUAAAAAACCAUGCUUUUGAAAUUCAGUACACAUCUUAUACAUAAGAAGUUUGCAUUAUUAUUUUUCUUUCUGUAAUAUUGUUAUAUUUAAGUGAACUUUAUAUUUUUAAGGAAAAGGAACAUUUUGAGUACUUAGUACAGUUUCAUAAGCAUAUUUGAAAGACAGGUGGUACAAAUCUUGAUGACAGUGAAAUAUGUCAUUCAUAACUGUUUUAUAUUACAAGAGAAUUUUGUUGGAUUUUCAUUAUUACCGAUUAUUACGCAUUCGAUAAGGAUAUUUAUAAUGUACGAUCAAAAUUAUUUAUUUUCCACGCGUCUUAGAUAACGCAUAUACUUCCAAGUCUACAUUUGGAUUAUUCUCAUUUUGUGUUUGUGCACCGUUGAGAAGAAAAAGCUAAUGUUCAUUGCUUCAAUUUUCAAUUUAGAAGUAUUGAGAUUUAUAGAAACAAAAACAACAUGUGUUAGCUACAUUAAUGAAUCAACAUCUUAAUGAUUAAAGAACGAGACUUCUGAUUGAGCUCAGGGAAUUUUUCGAUUUUGGAACGCUAAAUUCUAGAACUUCUAUAAGCGAAAAACAUCGAAGAAAUGAACAUUGGUUCUAUUUUUCUCUCUCUCUCUCUCUCUCUCUCUCUUACAGAUUCGUCAAAAAUAUUGCGAAAUUAUAUUAUAGGAUGUAUGUGUACUUUCUAUAAUGCUGUGCUAUAUUGUAGGCCUUUGCUCAGGUUAAGCAUCCCAGGUUAUGCUGUAUAUACUUGGAAUUAUAAAUAGAAAUGUACUGAGAACCACAAAAGAACGAAUUAUUCAGAAAAACUCAA